AUGUCUUACAGUGCUCUAGCUCCUUUCCUUUGCAUGCUUUUUCUUGCAGGCUGCAGUUUCCAAACACUACCAGCUUCUGCUGCAGAAGUAGAUAAAGUCAUGGUUCGUUUAAGGUACAAGGUUCACAUACUCAAUGGCUUUGCAGACAAUGCUAAGCCAUUGAUCAUUCAUUGCCGCUCACGGGACGACGACCUUGGAGAGCAUACUCUUUGGAAGGACCAAGAAUUUCGAUUUCAAUUCAUUGUACACUUUCUUAAGACAACUCAUUUUGCUUGCGACUUUAACUGGGGCUCCAAGUCAUUGGAUGAUAUCAGUGUUUUCAAGAACGAUGCUGAAACUAUCACAUGCAGAGCUACAGGGAAUUGCUUCUGGAAAGCAGAAGAAGAUGGGAUUUAUUUUAGCAACAAUGAUCAAAACUGGGUGAAAAGGUUUGCCUGGUAG